AUGUCUAGCAAAAAAAUUACUGAUUCGCAGUCUGAAUUUUUAGAUUUCCUCAAACUUGGCUGCCGCUCUCAAUGUAGUGAUGAAUCAAAUACUGAAUACCGUAAAAAGCCAACUAGUAUUCAUCUCGGCAAGGAGGAGAAUUUGACGCUGGUUGAGCAUAACGUUAACAGCAGUGCUGAGAGACAAAACACUAAAGGCAAUUUGUUUUACGCCAUACGACAGAUUUACUACCUUAUGAAAGAACAAUUCGAAUCGCAGGCCGAUUCAUUAUUGGCUGCUGUAGAAGAUUUAGAAGAGAAAGCGGAAGAUAACCGCCGUGAAAGGUUAAAACAAAUUGCAAAUUUAAUUGAAGCAGAUAUUAUGCGUUUACAGUUUCCUGCAGACUGUAGAGCAGCGAGGCAAGUGCAAUUAUUGUAA